CCCGGGUCUUUCUCCCGGCCAACAUGGCCGCUCCCUGUGUGCCCUGCGGCCGAGUGCUUUCCCGUCGGCUCUCUCACGCGGUUAGAGCCAGCCUCUGCCGGAGGCCUGGCUACUGGACAACCUCGGCCUUUGACUGGCAAACGGGGCCCAGAUCCCAGUUGUUAAAGCUAAUACAUACCACAGUUGUAACAACAAAGAAAAAUGCCCACGUCUCAAGACAGCAGUCAUAUACACAGGAAUUUAUUAAGAAGCAGAUUGAAGAAUUCAACAUAGGGAAGAGGCACUUAGCCAACAUGAUGGGAGAAGAUCCCGAAACUUUUACUGAAGAGGAUAUUGACAGAGCUAUUGCUUACCUUUUCCCAAGUGGUUUGUUUGAGAAGCGAGCCAGGCCAAUAAUGAAGCACCCUGAGCACAUUUUUCCAAAACAAAGAGCAAUCCAGUGGGGAGAAGAUGGCCGUCCGUUUCAUUUCCUCUUCUAUACUGGCAAACAGUCAUACUAUUCAUUAAUGCAUGAAGUAUAUGGAAAGGUCCUCCAGCUAGAAAAACACAGAGAUCCACUUUCAGAAAAAACUGAGUUCAGAGACCUGAUUGGCAGCAGAUGGCUGAUUAAGGAGGAACUAGAAGAAAUGUUAGUGGAAAAACUGUCAGAUCAAGAUUAUGCGCAGUUCAUUCGACUGCUGGAAAAGUUAUUGACAUUGCCAUGCGGUCCUGCCGAAGAAGAAUUUGUGCAGAAGUUCCGCAGAAGUAUAACUAUUCAAUCAAAAAAGCAACUGAUUGAACCUGUGCAAUAUGACGGGCGAGGCCUGGCCUUCAGCACCGGCACAGGCAGGAGGAAGAGCGCCACAGCAGAGGCCGUUGUCUAUGAGCAUGGAAGUGGGAAGAUCCACGUGAACGGAGUUGAUUAUCUGCUUUACUUUCCCGUCACACAGGACAGAGAACAGCUGAUGUUCCCUUUCCACUUCCUGGACCGGCUGGAAAAACACGAUGUAACCUGCACAGUCUCUGGAGGAGGGAGAUCGGCGCAGGCAGGAGCCAUACGCUUGGCAAUGUCCAAAGCUCUGUGCAGCUUCAUCACUGAGGAUGAGGUUGAGUGGCUGAGACAAGCUGGACUGCUUACUCCUGACCCUCGCAUCAGAGAACGGAAGAAGCCAGGCCAGGAGGGCGCCCGGAGAAAGUUCACCUGGAAGAAGCGCUGAGGCUUUCACAGCAGAGUGAGGAGCACUGUCUGUGUGCCUGGAUUGUGGUGGAGCACGCUCGGACACUGACCAAGGGAGGCAGCACAUUCAGGCAUUGUUUUGAAUUAGGACAUGAUUUAUUGUUAAGUGUUGUUUUGAUUACCAUCAAAAAUAAUAAAACGAAUGUUAGUUUC